GUUGAAAACCUUGCUGCUUCCAGCUUGCAGGCGAUGCUGAGAAACAAGAUUGUUUCGUACCUGAAGAAGAAAGACUACCACAACUAUCGCCUCAUACUGAACCUGCAGAACCGCCAUUUCACAGGCCUUCCCAUCAAGCCCCAAGAAGACUUUAUUCCGGGAUUCGUGUCAGAGAACACGGAUCCGGCAACGCACGAUCUUGCGAAGUUUAUGUACCAGAACGGCUUCAAGAACUACUUGGAGC